CAUUUUUUUAGGAGUCUAAAUGCUUGCUUUUCUCGCAGUAAAUCCAAGGGCUUCUGUGAAAGGUACAAAACCAACAAAUCAUAACAAAAUAGCACGAGAGUUGAACGAAGAUGCGUAAACAAUACAAAAACUAAACCUGCUGAGAAGCCCAUUCUUAGAACCUGUUCAAAGAUGGUGCACAAAAUCAAAUGUAUACAACCCAUGUUCAAUCGAUUACAGGUAACAACUGCAAUACACCCAACAUUCAAUUUAAAUGCUUAUCGAUUAUCUACAUUUAUAUAUCCGAAUUCCUUGGAACGGACCACAUUGCAAGAUGCAAACCAAGAAAUAGAGAGGUUUAUGCUUAUUAUGACCCACGAGUCUGAUGUAACACAAUUUACUCAUUUCAUUAAUACCCUCUGCAAAUCUGGGAAGAUAAACAGUGCCUGGGAAUUUUUCCAUUUGGCAAAAACGAAAGGGCUUUCUCUCAAUGCAAAAUCUUUCAACGUGCUUUUGGGUGGUCUUGGUCAAAUUGCUGAUUUCUGUAGAAUCAAUUCCCUUCUUGAUGAAAUGAAAGAAAUGAAAAUUGAUCCGGAUGUUAUCACUUAUAACAGGCUCGCAAAAUCUUUGUGUAAGUGGGGUCAGAUUGAGGAAGCACACGAGCUCUUGCACAAAAUGAGGCGUGCUCGUUGUGCUCCAAAUAUUGUUACUUAUAACACCCUAAUUGAUGGAAUCUGCAAGAUAGGUAAAGUAGAUGAAGCUUACGGCCUAGCAUUUAAAAUGAUACAAGAUGGCAAUUCUCCAGAUGUUUUUACGUACCACGCCCUAAUUAAUGGUUUCUGCAAGGUGGGCAGGGUAAAUGAAGCUCUUAUAUUAGUAGCUAAAAUGAUCCAUACUCUUUGUUCUCCAAUGAUUGUUACUUAUAAUACUAUCAUUGAUGGACUGUGCAAGGUAGGUAGAGUAGAUGAAGCUCUGGGAUUCGUAGCUAAGAUGAAAUGUGCGAAUUGUUCCCUCAAUGUUGUUACAUACGGUGCUCUAAUUGAUGGUCUCUGCAAGGAAGGAAGACUAGAUGAAGCUCUCCAAUUUGUAGCUAAGAUGACACGUACUCAUUGCUUUCCAAAUAUUUUUGCAUAUAAUAACUUGAUAAAUGGCUUUUGUAAGGCUGGUAAAACAGAUAAAGCCCACAAUUUGUUCGUACAGAUGAUGAAUUUUGGCCCUUUUCCUAAUGUACGAACAUAUACCACAAUCAUUGAUGGUCUGUGCAAAGAUGGUAGGAUGGACUUGGCUCAGGGAUGUUUUCAUAAAAUGCACAGAAACGGUUUGCAACCAAAUACAAUUACUUACUGCUCUUUGAUAUACGGUUUAUGUGAAACGCACGAGGUGGAAAAGGCUCAAAAGUUAUUUAAAGAGAUGCCAAGUAAAGGUUGCUUACCAAAUGUUGUUACUUACAGUUGUCUGAUUGCAGGUUUAUGCCAGAAUAACAGGGCAAAUGAAGGACGCAGACUUCUAUUGGAGAUGGCAAAUGUUGGCUGUCUUCCCGAUGUUGUGACAUAUAAUAUUCUUAUUUCUGCAUUCUUCAGGACAGGAGAGCUGAACAGGGCAUGGCAAAUGUUAGAUGAAAUGGCAAAAUGGGAUUUGAAACCCAAUGAAGAAACAUACAAUAUAAUCAUUGAUGGUCUGUGCAAGGCAGGUGAGCUUUUAAGAGCACACACAUUCAUGAAUAAGAUGACUGACGAAGGUUUGGCUCCUAAUGUUGUCACCUACAACUGUUUGAUUAAUGCUAAUUGCAAGAUUGGUGAAAUGGAUGAGGCUUUGAGGCUCUAUAAAAACAUGAAAAUUGUUGGUAUUACUCCAAAUGUUAUAACUUAUACUGUGCUGAUGGACUUGUUUUGCAAACAAAACAAAAUUGACAUUGCGUUUUCAAUAAUGGAUGAGAUGAAAGGAAAGGGUUUGAUUCCAGAUGUUAUCACAUACAACAAAUUAUUUCGCAGCAUCCGUAAACAAUGCAACAUGGAAAAAGCUUAUUUAUUGAUGGAUCAAAUGAAGAAACAAGGCUGUGCUCCAGAUAGUACAACUGUUAAGUUGCUAGCUGGCUGGAUGUAUUAUGCCGGUCAAACUAAAAAAUUUAAGGACUUUGUAAAUGAUGAAGCUUUCAUGUGUUCUAAAUGAGAGUAAUUCUUCUACCUUGGUGUGUGCUAGAUAUAAUGAACUCAUUCUACUUGAUGUAGCAAAUAUUUAUUAUUUCAAUCAGGUAUUGAAUGUACUC